CCUUGGAAUGUCCUUCUCUUCAGACAGCAAGUGUUUUCAUGUAGACCUUUUACUUAUUGGUUAAUGAAUACAAGAGAGAAUGAAGGAAUUUUACUUCUUAUGUUUAACUCUGUUAUUGGACCAGAAUGAUCAACAUGUAGGAGAACUGGCUUGAAUUCUGCGUGUGUGAUAUUGUCUGAAGCACAGAGGGUUGUGGUAUUUUGAGACUCAUAAGCCUAAAGAAAUUUCCAACAUCAUUACCUUCAAGACCCUUAUGUCACUGACAGCUGUGUUCACAUGGAAACAUCACUUUAGUUCUCAGUGAAAUCGCAAAUACUAUUUGAGAGAUCCAGUGUGUAACUGUCCAUCUUCAUUCGAUUUUGACCCAAAUUCCCUUAUUUUCUGUGAUAGUAAUAUCAUUAUUUAGCAUAUAAUUUAAAAUGAAAUAUUUUUUUAUCGCAUGUAUAUAUUUUUAAUAAUGAGUUUGUAUUUUGGCUCAAUGUUUUGAUGUCAUAGCAGUGACUUGUAAAAAGAGGGCGGGGUUGUUGAACCUGUUCGGCUUGCAACAAGCUGAUAGGUGCAGCAUAUUAUCAACACAACACACACAUACAUACGCAUUCAGAUCUGACAGAGCGUUACGCUUGUUUAUAGCUUUCUCUGGUGCACACCCAAGUCAAAGUGACGCAUUAAUACUUGAGCAAGCGAUGGCUGGACCGAGGCCUGUGGUGAUGAGCGGGCCCUCUGGGGCCGGGAAAAGCACUCUGCUUAAAAAACUGCUCAAGGAGUUCGAUGGCGUGUUUGGCUUCAGCGUUUCUCAUACAACACGAAACCCCCGUCCAGGAGAAGAGAAUGGGAAAGAUUACCAUUACGUAACCAGGGCAGUAAUGCAGAAGAGCAUAGCAAAUGGGGAGUUUAUUGAAAGUGCAGAAUUUUCAGGGAACAUGUAUGGAACAAGUAAAGCAGCUGUUCAAGCUGUUCAGGCUCGAAAUUUGAUUUGCGUUUUGGACGUAGAUAUGCAGGGUGUGAAGAACAUCAAGCGAACUGAUCUCAAUCCCUUAUAUGUGUCUGUCCAGCCCCCGUCAAUGGAUGUACUGGAAAAACGAUUAAGGGACCGAAAAACUGAAUCUGAGGAGAGUCUUCAAAAGCGUUUGCAUGCAGCAAAUGUUGACAUGGAAAAAAGCAAAGAGCCAGGAUUAUUUGAUGUGGUCAUCAUCAAUGACGAUGUUGCUGUAGCAUAUGAGAAAUUAAAAGAGGCUCUUCUUCCGGAAAUCCAAAAGGUCAAAGUGUCCAACAAGGCUUAAAUGAAAACAUGCCAGCUAGCCACAGUGCCCUGUACUUAUGACCUUACUCCCGUCAUAACUAUAGUUUUCAGAUCAGAACAUUCCAUCCAAGAUGAUUUUUUUGGGACGUUUAUUUAAUAACCCAACAGCAGCUGAACAUUCAGAUUUUAAAAGGUGCAGAUUAUUAUUCCAUAUUAAGUACAUGGUGAAACUACUAUGUUAUUUGAAAGACAAUGUACCAUUCUACUUUAUUUCCUAUAUAAAAGGUCAAAUUCACAGAUUGAACCAGGAUACACUCAGGACACUCAAGUCAUUGUUUUAAAACCGUUUUGUUUUUUGAUAUGCUUCAUAUUUUUUAACGAAGGAAGAGGCAAUGCACUAUUGAAAUAGCAGACUUGCCAUGUAUGGUCACAUGUUUGUUUUUCAAUGCUGAUGAUCUCCUAUGACAGCAGAUGAGCAGUUUUCAUUUCUUAUGUUUUUUAAAUGACUGCAGAAACACAUCGUUGUCAUCUGGACAGAGUGUGUUACAAUGGAAAUCUGAACGUUAUUUUUCACUAAUGUUAAUAAGAGGCAUUCUGCUGGAUUUCUCAAUACCAUAAUCAUGUACACAUGCACAUUACCUGAAAAUUGCAAUGUUUACCAGCUCUGAAAGUUUUAUGAGGGUGUAAAGCCAAUGUUGGCAAAAAAUAUUCUAAACACAGCCAUGAGUCGUAUAACAUCAUAAUAGUUAUUUUGCUUCACUUUUCAUAUAUUGAAAAAGCUUUUAGUCUUAAUGCUUUCUUUAGUAGAUCCAUGUUGACACCUGAUUUUAGAACAUAGUUAUAAUUUCCCCAUAAAUCUUAUUUGCAUGUUUUUCUUUUUUGCAGUUAUGUACAUUGGUUAUUCUCAUUACUGUAAUACAAUGUUUUCAAAUCAGUUAAUCAAAGGCACUAUAACAAAUAACAAAAUGUAUAAUUACUUUAAUUUUCAUAGUUUAGAACACAUUGUCUUGUUUGUUUUACAGUUAUGAGAAUAUUUGGGGGUGAAAUGUAAUGUUCCAGACAGGUGUUUUUUAGUUUUGUUUUCAAACUGGACAGAUUCAUUUUACCUACUUAUUUCUAUUUGUUUACACACUUAUAUUUAUUAGCAAAUACAUUUAUUGCCUAUUAUUUCACUUGAUUAGAUAUGGGACAAACGUAUCAAGCCUAUGUUUAUUUGGUGUUUGCUUUAUGCAAUGUACUGAUGUAAUAACUUUUUAUUAUUUUAAAGUCUUUUGGUUGUGUCUUUCUAUUGAGCACAUAUACGGGUUGUUGAGCAGAAGUGCGAUUGGGCCAUUUGAAUUGAAGUACUGUAUGUUGUCUCUCUAUUACAUUAGAGAUAACAAUUGAACAAAGGUUUUCAUAAAAUAGCACAAUUAUUAAAAAAAAGUAAACCGUUUUUUUAAUUCCACAAUAAGCAGAUCAUAUGUAAAGGAACAACUUGCAAUAUUUAUUUAUCAAUUUAUAAGUGUCCACAGAUACAAUUGUCUGUCUUUUAUAGGGUAUAGGACCUCUGUACAAAACUGCAGAAGUGCAUCUCAUUCAUUCCUUUGUGCAUUGUUUAAUUACUUAAGACAUUUAUGUGGUAUAUGUAAAAUGUGUCUGAGAAAUGCUUUUAUUGUCUACAUUUAAACCAAAUGUCUAUGACAUGUUUUUUAUUCUAAAACUAUUUACAUGUAUCGUGCAAGUGUAAUAAAACUACACCGCCAAAACAAA